UCAGUAAAACAUUUCCAGGGGUCGAAGAACAAUUUUAUUGGGAAGUGUUGUUCUCUUCAAGAGAGUACACCAGCCAAAUGUUUAGCGACUAAGAGGACGUGGAUAUCAUUUUUCUUGAGGAUCCUGGUUUUGUUUCUGCAAUUCAAGAGAUUGUUGACACAGGAAAGGGACCCAUAAUUUUGACCAGCAAUAGUAGCAGUCCUGUUCUCCCUAAUACUUUUGGAUAGGCUACAGGUCUUUUUUAUACGACCACCAUCAACGGAGAUACUCGGCCAUUUCUAUAUAAGAUUUGUGUUGCUGAAGGAGUCAGCAACCAACCAUUCUUAAGGUAUUAUUCAUUGUUGCCACAAAGAGAUACGGAAAACCAUUGUGUUUCUUCAGUUCAGGUGCCAGGGUAAAAGAUUUAGAGGUAAUCUGUAAAAGCCACCCACCAUCAGCUUCAGUGACUCCCGUGACUCAAAAAAAAGUUCUAAAUCAUGGCUUUGUAUUUAUCACUCUGUCCCAUCUCAACCCCAUUCCAUUCCAACUCUCCUUCUUUCUCUCUCUCUCUCUCCUAAAAGUAAAAAACUAAAGAUUCUAUAUAACCAACCAACUACCAUCUUCCUAGUGAAAAAAGGGGUUCAAUUUUUAAGGCAACCAAAGGUGAAAGAGAGGCUUGAAAGAGGUGGGGUUUGAGUUUUACCCUACUACAAGAAAAGUUGGCUGGCUGGCAGCAAAAGAAGCUUUAAACUGAGCGACAAUGGAAGGGUUUGAGAAGUACGGUAAUAAGAAGAGGGUGAUGGUUGUGGUAGAUCAUACAUCGCAGUCCAAGCAUGCUAUGAUGUGGGCUCUAACCCAUGUGGCCAAUAAUGGUGAUUUCCUCACUCUUCUUCACGUUGUUUCUCACUCAAACAAGCUCCUCUCUGAAACGCCUUCUCAUUCUUCUUCCUCGUCAUUUCUUGCCAACUCUCUUGGCUACCUCUGCAAAGCUUCUAGACCUGAGGUGGAAGUUGAAGCACUGGUGAUACAAGGCCCGAAACUAGAGACAAUUUUGAGCCAAGUGAAGAAGCUUGAGGCAUCUGUUUUGGUGGUGCCCCAGAAAAAGCCUUCUCUGUUUGGAUGCUUCUGUGGGACCAGCAGCUCAGAGCAGCUUGUGGAACAGUGCAUCAGCCAUGCCGAUUGCUGUACAAUUGGAGUUAGAAAACAGAGCAAUGGCAUGGGAGGUUACCUUAUCAACACCAGGUGGCAGAAGAACUUCUGGCUUCUUGCUUAGUUGUCUCUAAUCUUACCUUAACCCUGUAACUAAACGUUAGAUAAGCUAGAUGACCUUAGAACACUCCAUCAAAGUUGGAAUGAUCCGAACUUGAUCCGAACUUCAGAUCUUUCAGGCUAACAAAAUUUAAUAAUUCAUCCAUUCAGAUGAACUUGAAAACUGUGUUGAGUCCCAAGCAAUAGAGCAAGUUCAGCAUCAGAAA